GGAUUGCGGGCGCGCGGUCGCGGAAUGUUCUGGGACCUCUUUGAAACCCGCUGCUAGCGAUUUGAGACCAAUAAUUACCGUCCAGCCAGAAAUCUGCGUGCCCCCCCUCCAAAAAAAAGAAAAAGAAAUAAAAACGGUACAAUGGCGCUCACGCCUCUCGUGUACUGGGCUCAACGUCACGAAGACAUUUACCUGCGCGUGGAGCUAACGGACGCUCAGAACAUUGAGGUCCGUGUGCACGAACGAGUGCUUCAGUUUAAAGCGCAGGGCCGUGGUGCAAAAGGGCAAAAUGAGUAUGAGUUCAGUCUGGAGUUUCUUUUACCAGUAAAGUCAGAGGUGAGCCACAGGUCCACGCAGCGGCAGGUGAAUAUUACUUUGCGGAAAGAGCAGCGAGGUUGGUGGGAAAGACUGACGCUGCAGGAUCGCAAACCGCUCUUCGUGGUGCCGGACUUUGACCGCUGGUUGGACGAGUCCGAUGCUGAGAUGGAGAUCCGGGAAAAGGAGGAGAAAAAGGAGGAGAUGAAGACGGCGAGGCAUGAAGAGCGAGGGUUUAUCAGCCUGAAAAGAGGACUCUUGUUUGCAUACAAUCUGGUUCAGUUUCUCGGCUUUUCGUGGAUCUUUGUCAACAUGACGGUGCGGCUCUUUAUCUUUGGCCGAGAUUCUGUGUCCGAUACAUUUCACACCAUAUCGGACGUGAUGUUCUUCUGCCAGAUCCUGGCAGCGGUGGAGGUCCUCAACGCUGCUUUUGGUUUUGUCCGGACAGGCGUUACUCCAACUCUUAUACAGGUGGUUGGAAGGAAUUUCAUCCUGUUCAUCAUUUUUGGUGCCGUGGAAGAAAUGCAACACCAACCAGUGGUGUUUUUCGUUUUCUAUCUGUGGAGCGCCAUUGAGAUUUUUAGGUAUCCGUUUUACAUGCUCGGCUGCUUCAAUACGGAGUGGAAAACCCUCACGUGGCUGCGGUACACAAUCUGGAUACCGCUUUACCCAUUAGGUGUCCUGGCUGAAGCCGUCGCUGUGAUACAAUCCAUUCCCAUCUUUGACAAGACCAAACUGUUCAGUAUUCCUCUGCCGAAAGCCGUCGGUACCUCCGUCAGCUUCUCUUGCGUCCUGUACGUCUAUCUGGGCCUCAUGUUUCUGGGACUCUUUAUCAACUUCCGCCAUCUUUACAAGCAAAGGACGAAGCGCUUCCGUACCAAAAAGAGGAAGGCGAAUUGAGCAGCAGCAAACUUCUAACACCUCUACCGCCUGCUCGUUUCUGGAGAUCGUGAUACUCGGAAACCGUAAAUGUGCCAGUUCGAUGUGCCAGUCCUAGUUCACGUUAUGAGAAGUUGACUGUCUUUGCUCUCGAUCUAUAGAAACAUCUUGCAGUUGCAACAUUUCAUUAUUGCAUUGACUCAUGAGCUGGUGAUGAUGCAUUUCUCGAAGAUGCGAGUUUGUAUUUCUACUGUUAUUUGAUGUUGACUAAUCGGUUUAAGCAUAUAUAAUAAUAACGCACAACUACUGUAAUUGUUUGUUAACUGGCCACAUUGGUAAGAAUUGUAUGUCACUUCUGCUCAGUGACAUCUGAGUGACAGUGCUACGUAGACUUUUUUUUUUGUCUUCCCCACUUCGUUAUUUCAUCUGAAUUGAAAAUGCCAACAAUAA